UCUCGACGCUGUGGGUCUAUUUGAAAUAAUUAUGACAGACACUAUGGGGGCGCUAUUUGGUUUGUGUAAAAUCUUUUCUGUCUGGUCAAAAUUUACCCACUUCUGUGUCCGCCUUACUUCACAAAAGCUAAGUCAAUAACGACAACCAGUAAAACACAUAAACACCACACCUUUGGCCCUGACCGUCGACCGCGCACAGCCUAGUAACUCGCAGAAAAGUCAAUCCAGAGGGGAGACAAGCAAUCAACGUGACAGCACACGCGACAGCCAUAGACAUGGAUAUGCUCGAGUAAACUCUUUGUGCACUUAUUGUAACUACAUUAGAAUGACAAAGAACAGCCUCUAAUCAGACACCUACAACGCAUAAUUUCUCGACGAAACAGUUGGUGAAACACAUCGCCUGUCCGGACGCGACCAAAGGACAACCCAUAUUUUUCCAGAGAGGAGCAAAUCUGUCACUACGGCCACUACCAACGGUGGUGUCGGAAGAUCCUCGGUGGCAAAUUAUUUCAGGGACCAAAGAAAAUUAAAACAUGGAUCAUUCCUCCAUGGUAAAACUUACUUCCACAUACAUAGAUUGUACACAGAUUGGCGCUCAUGGGCGCCGAAAUUCUUUUAUCCGACGUCUUUUAUCCGAAUGUCUUUUAAAGUUUUAUCUGUAACUGUACUAGAAAAGUAAAACGUACGUGUACCGCUUUUGCAUUGUGUCCAACUCCUGUUCACUGAUCCAAGGUUGAACCUGUUGUGUUGGCGAGGUCAAAGCAGGAAGGUCACUUCAAUAAGUUCUAAGCUGUGUUCUGUGUACAAUAUUGGAAAGCACUGUAAACAUCAGUUUAAGCCAGGCUGAACGUCUCCAGCAUUGCCAUUAGGAAGGAGCAUCGCCGUCCGCUGCGUUCGGUGGAGAGCUUAGACCGCAACUUACAAGCCUUUUCCCACCAUGUCCCGUCUUCUGUGUUGCUGCGGCAACAAGUCGCCUAACCAUGUUUCCGACGGUCAGGCUACUGCAAUGAAAGAAGCGUCAUCCGACGACUUGGCCGGUGCUCACACCCACUACAAGAUCCUUGUGAAGACUGGCGAUCGCAAAGGCGCUGGUACAGAUGCUAACAUCUACAUCAUCCUGCACAACGAGAAUGGAGUCACUUCCAAGAAGAUCAAGCUGGAUCGGCUGUUCCACGAUGACUUCGAGAGAGGGAAAACCGAUGAGUUUAAGGCCAAACUCCCAGCUGACUUCGGCGCUGUACAUGAGAUCGAGCUCUGGCGGGACGAACACGGUGCCUUCGACCCGUGGUACCUGGAGAAAAUCGAUAUCUUCGAGACGCCCAAGGAGGGGCCUAAGAAGGGGCCGUACGAGUUCCCCGUCCACCGGUGGAUUCCGGCCAAGAAGAGGGUCAUGUUCCGUCAGUAUGACUCACUCUUGCCUCAGCAUGACCCACGCAAAGAUUCACAACGCAAGGAGGAGAUGGAGGAAAUAAAGAAGAUUUAUGAGUUGAAGAGCCAAGCUCCUGAGGCAGGCAUACCUCUCCAGGUGGCCGAGCUGCCAGGUGACGAGAAGUUCUCCUUUGAGUAUUUGUAUGACCUCGUUAAGAGAAAGGCUAACCUACUCCUGCAGAGCAAACUGUCCAAGACAUUUACGGGCAAGUGGCGCAACCUGGAUGAUCUCAAGAACGUCUACCAUGGAGUUUUCUCCAAACCUGAUGGAAUGCGGACGUGGCGCUCUGACAUUGAGUUCGGUCUGCAGCGACUGAUCAGAUGCAACCCUACCCAGAUUCGACUCUUCACGGAAGUCCCAGAGAAGUUUGGUGUGACCGAUGAGAUGGUUGGACCAUUCUUGGAAGGCAUGACAAUCCAGGAGGCUAUCGCGAAGAAGAAGCUGUACUACAUCGACUAUGAAAUUCUACAAAACCUUCCCGUUAAACAGGGAACACCGGUUGUUUCACCGAUUGGACUGUUCUUUGUGGAUAAGGACAAGCAUCUUAUCCCUGUUGCUUUGCAGUUGGAGCAACAGAAAGGACCAGAUAACCCGGUCUUUCUGCCCAGCGACCCGGAGUACACUUGGCUCCUGGCCAAGAUGUGGUUCAACUCUGCCGACGCGUCCUACCACCAGUCCUGCACCCAUCUGGGCUUGACCCAUUUGGCGAUGGAGUGCGUGGCAGUUACAAUGCAUCGCACUCUCUCUCCUUCACAUCCGCUCUUUCGGCUCUUGGCGCCGCACUUCCUGUUUCUCAUGGCCAUCAACAGCCGUGGUCUUGCUCUUCUGAUGUCUGUCGACGGAUGGGUGGAUAAAACGAUGAACAUCGGACGAGAUGGCAUGUAUGAACUGAUUGGCCGCGCCUUCAAGCGUUGGCGCCUGAAUGUGGAAGGUACCAUCAUCAACGAUUUGAAGGCACGCGGGGUCGAUGACACCCAAGCACUUCCCAACUAUCACUAUCGAGAUGAUGGAGUGCUGAUUUACGAGGCGAUGGAGAAAUACGUCAGAGUUGUUGUCGAAUCACAUUACGAAACUCCUGACAUGAUUACUGAGGACUAUGAACUCCAAGAAUGGGGGCGUUUGAUGGCCACGUCACAGGAUGAUGGAGGAGCUGGGUUUCAGGGUAUUCCGGCUGACGGCAAUUUCGCGAACGUCGAGGAUGUCAUCAGUACCGUUGCGCCCAUCAUGUUCACCUGCAGCGUGUCUCACUGCGUGGCCAACUUCUCUAUGUACGAUGACUACGCCUUCCCUCCCCACUGCCCGACAGGGAUGAGGAUGCCCCCACCCACCGAUAAGUCUCCACGGACUGAGAAAGACAUCUUAGACAACCUGCACGAUAAGACAUUGACGGUUGAUGUCAUGAUAGUCACUCGUCUGCUCAGUGAGAAGGCCACCAAUAGUUUGGGUGACUUUGAAAUGCAGUACGGAUUCUGUCCUGUCGCUGUCAAGGCCCUGGAACAGUUUCGGAAGGACCUAAAGCAGAUUGAGAUCAUCAUCGAUGAGCGAAACAAAAAUCGGGAGUUUCCUUAUGAUUACUGUCAUCCUAAGGAAAUCCCAAAUGCUAUCAGUAUCUAACUACGAAUCCUUUACACUCCAUGGAGUACAGGGUGAGGAGAUAAAACGGGCGAGUUUGGAAACACUCCACUUUCCAACUGUUUGGAAAUGGUUAAUGUCAUAAAGAAUUGUCUACUGUAUUUCAAACAACCGAAUAAGUAAAAAUUGAAGUUUCUGAAAGCGAUGUAGUAAAGACAUCGAGGCUACCGCAUCAAGAGUAAAGACAUCGAGGCUACCGCAUCAAGAAACACAAUGAUUUGUAUUUCUUUUUUUUUCUAAUUAAAGUUUUGAGAUUAACCCAAUCAAUUAGCUUUUUUCAGAAAAGCACAGCUAGGGAUUUGUAGCUGUUGCUUGCGUGUCGCUUACGAGUUCGCUUUGAAACCAUCCGUGACUUCAUGAUAUAAGAUAGAUUCUGUUAUGCACUAUUCAGAUAUUGGUAUGCUUGAAUGGCGAUGCUUUAGGUUACUUUGUUUUCGUAAUUUGCGCAGCAGUGUAUUUUUUUCAUUGUUUAUAGGUUAUGUUUUAUAGCACUUUGUGACAAGUUUAUACAAUUAAUAUUCUGCUAUGGACGUUUAGGUUUAGGUUUACGUUGCCGGUAGUUUUUAAUGUACUGCGAAUUAGUCUGUAUCCAAAGGUUUUUAUGGUAUUUUUGUAGUAGGGCCUAUACGUUUAUAUUUGUACGUGGUUUCGUAAAGAGGGUGGCGGUUUUUAGAAGGUCUUUAAGCAUUUUUCAAAUCAUUUGCUUGUACAUGUAUACGCGUGUGUUAUUUUUGUCUGUUACAUGAAGCUAGCUGAAGUUUGUUUUUUAGUGUCAUGGUAAUGUGAAGCAACGCAUCCCAUUAUACUUGUUUACGUUGUUUGAGUACCCUGUCCGUAAGUGUGACGUCACUUCAGUUUAAACCACGCCCACUGCACACAGAACUAAGUGGAUCCAUGGAACUGGAAGUUUACGUGCAAUUUUUAGUGUUCGUCCAAUGGAAGCUUGUAAUCAGUGGUGCAUGCGCGUGUAUGACGAAGUCACUUAUGAACCGGAUAGUGGCCAACAAUUGUAGAACGUUCCAAUUUCUAUUUCAGAGUUCUCCACCGUUUACAACAUUCACCAAGCACAGUUUUCAGUUUUUGAAUGUAAAUUAAAAACUAACAGUCACUUUUUGUAAUUUGGUUAUCACGAUUGUUUUAGUUUCAUGUUUAAAUGUGGACCUAAUCAUCUAACUUUGUUAAUUUUGUCUUAUGAUUUUUCUGUGCUUAUUUGGUUUGCUCUUGGGUUUGAGGGCGCUUUUUAAAGAACUGUUUUUAUCAGUGAAAUGUCAUGGUUAUUAUCAGAUUUCAUCCUUUCUUCUCCCAACCUGUUCCGCGUUUCAAGCCUUUCAGUUCAGUCGAUGGACCGUUUAAACAUUUUUCUUUCCACUCCCAAUACAUGGUAGAAAGCUUUGGGUGUUUUUCACAAAGGUUUUCCAUUCCUUAUCCAAAUUUCAUUCUUACCGAUAUUUUUCACCACCAAUACAUGUACUACAAAAUCCUUUGGGAGGAACUAGGUAUUGUCCUGAACCCAAUUAAAAGAUUUGUUUUUGGAAGGGGCUUCUAUAACCAAGUUUAAUAAAUCCAUGCUGUCUUCCGAUUUCUUGCCGCCAAAUAAAUAGAAAAAUAACUACAACUUCCA